AAUGAAAAUUGAAGUAAAAAAUAUUUCUUUUACAUCAGCCUUGGUUUCCUGGUCUCCUCCUCAGCGUAGCUGCCUCAGGAAUUUCUACCAGAUCAUGUAUAGACCUAACUGGAAUAGGAUUCUCUCUGGAAUUUCGAGGCAGAACUUUCCCCGUGAGAAGCUGGUUCCUUUGAGCCACACCUCCAUAACAUUGAAGGCAUUGACACCCAGCACACAGUAUAUUUUUUGUAUGGCAUGCCAGGGUACGCAUCUUUCUAGAGAUCAGUGCACCACCUUUCACACCAUGGCCAAAGAGACUGUGGUCGUAGGUGGUAAGAAGCUUGACCUGGCCAUGAUUGUUUGGCUAACAAGUAGCACUCUUCUCAUUAUAAUUGUCAUCAUUCUACUUUAUGGUUGCUUCAAGAUGUGGGUUAAAAGGUGCAAGAGGAAUGCCAAGGGAUACAAUCUUAGCCAUAGCACUACUGCCAAUAGAGAAGCUAGCCAAGCCUGGCACGUGGGCAAUGCUGAAACUGCCCUGGUUGAAGUUCAGUUUGAAGUGCCCACGCUGGCACUACUUGAUCGAUUUGCAGAAUCCAAAUCUGAUGCUCUAAUUGAAAAAGCUUUCAGCGGGACAAAGAAUUUGCUGUCACAGAAAAGGGACAGUGAUAAAAGGGCUAUUUUACCACAGAGUGGUUAUGAAUAACAAAAGGGUCAUCUUGCUUUUGGUGACGUGCAUUCAAUUACUAGUAAAUGUUAAGAGAUGUUAUAGAUUCAUAAUGUAAUGUAUGAACAUACUACAAAUUGUUCAGAGAAUUGGUGCAAGUAAA